AUGGCAAACCUCAGACAGGAACUCCUUGGAAGUGAAUUGACGUGGUAUACGGCAUUUUCUGAGCUGUUGCCUCUGCUGGCAGUGGGCACAAUCCCUUUGUUGAAGGUUGAGAGGAUUUGCCAAGAAAUUAACACCGGCAGCCUUACAAUAGAGAACUCCAUCACAUUGUCCAGUCCGGUUGCUAGCUUCUCCUUUAGUGCUUCUGCUUCUUUUGAAGUUCGAAGUCCCUCAAGAAUACAGGUUCAAUUUAAGGAAGGGACCCUGAAGCCUCCAGAGAUCAAGUCAAGUGUUGAUCUUCCAGAGAGCAUUGAUCUUUUUGGGCAGAAGAUCAAUUUGUCACCCGCACGGCAGGUAGUCAAUCCUCUGCAAGAUGCUGUGGCAGGUAUAGCAAGAUCUAUUUCUGGCCAAUCUCCUCUUAAGAUUCCUAUUCCAGGCGAGCGGGCAGCAUCUUGGCUUCUUGUCACGUAUCUUGACAAGGAUCUUCGUAUUUCGAGAGGGGAUGGUGGCCUUUUUGUGCUUGCUAAAGAAGGAAGUCCUCUUCUAGAUCAGUAG